ACGACUCCAAGCUCUCCCCUUCCGCCUCCGCCAUGAUGCCGCCCCGCCCCGCCCCGCCUGCGCGAGAGCCGAGCGCGCGCUUCCCCCCGGGCCGCCGUCGUUUUGCUUCUGCGUCAGGAGGGGUUCGGUGCCGUGAGGCGCGGCCGGGUCGCCUCCGUCCCCGGUUCUGCGCGCACCACAAGAUGGCGGCGCCCACGGCGGCGGGGCUGCGCCCGAGUCUGCGGGCAUGGCUGCCUCGGUUGGCACAGGUGAGAUGGAGUCGCUACAACCCCAGCUUCCUAGAGCCAGAAGUGAACAAAGAAUUGUAUCAGAAACCUUUUAAUGAGCUGUCUGAAGAGGAAAAGGAAGAGCAAGAGCUUAAGGCUGUUCGUCCCAUAAAAGCAGCUCCUCCUAGUAUCUCCAGCUCCGUUUUCAGCGACCCUAUGAUCAGUAAAUUCACCAAUAUGAUGAUGAAGGAUGGAAAUAAAGUGCUGGCCAGAAGCCUCAUGGCUCAGACUUUAGAGAACAUUAAGAGGAAGCAACUGGAAAAGUACCACAGAGCUCCAGAUGAUGAGAAGGAGACAGUUGAAUGCAACCCUUAUGUCAUUUUCCACCAGGCUCUGAAAAACUGCCAGCCUAUCAUUGGACUCAGCAACAUCACAAGAGGUGGCAAAACCUACCAGGUCCCAGUGCCUUUGAAGGACAACCGGAAGCGCUUCUUGGCCAUGAAGUGGUUAAUCACUGAGUGCAGGGAGAACAAGCACCGCCGGACGCUGAUGCCUGAGAAGCUCUCCGAGGAGCUGAUCCAGGCCUUCAACAACGAAGGACCCAUCAUCAAGAAGAAGCAUGUGCUGCACAAGAUGGCAGAGGCCAACCGGGCUUAUGCCCACUUCCGCUGGUGGUAGGGCCGCCGCACGGGGUGCACACACUGCAGAGCUCUGUCACUGCUAUCAAGGCCUGGGGAGCGGAGUCCCAGGGCCACCUGGUUGAGAGAAGCUGGGGAUUAGAGGGAAAGGUGGAAAAUCCCUUCUGGACAGCUUCUGAACUAAGCCAAGGAAAGUUUCUCUAGUCCCCACACAGUUCAUUUGCUUUGUGCUUAUCUGGAUGGGAAAAGGGGGAAUCUGAAGUAGUUACUGAUCCCUGCACAGAUAUGCUAGUUUUUCGUAAUCACUUUCCUGUGGAGACAAGCUUUAGAUGCAACGCUGUACAAAAUAUUCUACUUAAUGUGUUUCCUAGAGACUUUUAAAUCUCUGCUCUUGCAGCAACAUUUUUCUCUUUCUGGCUGCAUAAGUAGGAAAGAGCAGAUCUGGAGGGUUUUUUUCCCGCGCCAUAACUAGCCUUGACUUUCAGUUCUGCUCAUCAGCAACAAUGCAUGGAUGUCAGGGAGAUGUUAACAGAAAAAAAAUAAUACCAAUGCUUUAUGGAGAA